AUGGGUCCUCAGCAGCCUGGUGAUAUCUGCUCCCCUGGGGGUAUCAGCUCCCUCAGCUUCAGUUCCUCUUCCCUGAGUCCCUUCACUCGUUACAGUGAUGUCUGCUCCCCUGGGGGUAUCAGCUCCCUCAGCUCCAGUUCCUCUUCCCUGAGUCCCUUCACUCGUUACAGUGAUAUCUGCUCCCCUGGGGGUAUCAGCUCCCUCAGCUUCAGUUCCUCUUCCCUGAGUCCCUUCACUCGUUACAGUGAUAUCUGCUCCCCUGGGGGUAUCAGCUCCCUCAGCUUCAGUUCCUCUUCCCUGAGUCCCUUCACUCGUUACAGUGAUGUCUGCUCCCCUGGGGGUAUCAGCUCCCUCAGCUCCAGUUCCUCUUCCCUGAGUCCCUUCACUCGUUACAGUGAUAUCUGCUCCCCUGGGGGUAUCAGCUCCCUCAGCUACAGUUCCUCUUCCCUGAGUCCCUUCACUCGUUACAGUGAUAUCUGCUCCCCUGGGGGUAUCAGCUCCCCCAGCUUCAGUUCCUCUUCCCUGAGUCCCUUCACUCGUUACAGUGAUAUCUGCUCCCCUGGGGGUAUCAGCUCCCUCAGCUUCAGUUCCUCUUCCCUGAGUCCCUUCACUCGUUACAGUGAUGUCUGCUCCCCUGGGGGUAUCAGCUCCCUCAGAUUCAGUUCCUCUUCCCUGAGUCCCUUCACUCGUUACAGUGAUAUCUGCUCCCCUGGGGGUAUCAGCUCCCUCAGCUACAGUUCCUCUUCCCUGAGUCCCUUCACUCGUUACAGUGAUAUCUGCUCCCCUGGGGGUAUCAGCUCCCCCAGCUUCAGUUCCUCUUCCCUGAGUCCCUUCACUCGUUACAGUGAUAUCUGCUCCCCUGGGGGUAUCAGCUCCCCCAGCUUCAGUUCCUCUUCCCUGAGUCCCUUCACUCGUUACAGUGAUAUCUGCUCCCCUGGGGGUAUCAGCUCCCUCAGCUACAGUUCCUCUUCCCUGAGUCCCUUCACUCGUUACAGUGAUAUCUGCUCCCCUGGGGGUAUCAGCUCCCUCAGAUUCAGUUCCUCUUCCCUGAGUCCCUUCACUCGUUACAGUGAUAUCUGCUCCCCUGGGGGUAUCAGCUCCCUCAGCUUCAGUUCCUCUUCCCUGAGUCCCUUCACUCGUUACAGUGAUGUCUGCUCCCCUGGGGGUAUCAGCUCCCUCAGAUUCAGUUCCUCUUCCCUGAGUCCCUUCACUCGUUACAGUGAUAUCUGCUCCCCUGGGGGUAUCAGCUCCCUCAGCUACAGUUCCUCUUCCCUGAGUCCCUUCACUCGUUACAGUGAUAUCUGCUCCCCUGGGGGUAUCAGCUCCCUCAGAUUCAGUUCCUCUUCCCUGAGUCCCUUCACUCGUUACAGUGAUAUCUGCUCCCCUGGGGGUAUCAGCUCCCUCAGCUUCAGUUCCUCUUCCCCUGAGUCCCUUCACUCGUUACAGUGA